CAGGUUGCCGGUCCCAGACCACGUCUCAGCGCCUGGACUUAGACCGGACCUGGGGAAACAAAACAUACGGCGGGCGACCCUGACAGCAAACAAACAGGCCAGGGGAAGGCGAGUCUUGACAUCUUCCCGAACAAACAAGCCCAGCCGCCCUAGCAUCCCCUCGCCACUUCAGUCUCGUCUCUCUGGCACGUCAUAAUCUCUUCAGCGCACCACCCACACACUUGCGAUCCGACAAUUGUCUGCCUGCCUGCCGCAAUGCCGCACCCCUCCUACGAGGCCCUCUGGGCGAGCUCGGGUGUCCAGCUGAACCUCGAGGCAGAACGGCUCUACUGGAUCCUCCAAGACCCCAUAGAGGACUCCAUCUUCGUCAUGGAUCGUGCCAACGACCCCGCGGGGCCUCGCCAGCCCGGCUUCCUGCCCGGCACCACCACCACCACCACCACCACCACCACCACCACCACCAGCGCACCUGGCGGAGGCGAGGGCGGCGGCGGCAGCGGCGGCAGCCCCAACCUGCAUGCCGUCGCGCACGCCUCGCUAUGCGACCCCCCGGUCUCGUCCAUCACGGUGCGCGUCGACGAGCUACAGGACGCCGCCGACUCGUGGGAGGACGAGCACAACUACGCCUCGGGCGACGACCCCGAGGGCCCGUGCCGCUGCUGCGGCCUCCGCCCGCCCCCGUACGACAAGAAGCUCACGGUCGUGGCGCGCGGCGGCGGCGGCGACGAGGAGGCCGGUGGGUUCGUCACGGUCGGCGACUACGUCGCUGCUGUGCACCCGUGGCUCAUGAGCCUCCGGAGCUAUUUCCUGCAGAUCAACUCGGGUGGCAGGGAGCCGUGGCCCGAGGACACCAAGCUCAUGGUCAGCUUCCCGUGCCCGGACGACGUGGCGGUCGAGAAGGAGAGCACUUGGAUGUCGUCCCAGAGGAUUCGCGUCGUGGGCCGCCAGAGGCGUGCAGAGGAGGCUCAGUGGUCUUCUGGGCAAUGAGUGGAUGAUGCUUUGCGUUCACGUUUGAUGAUGUGAUGGGGGUGUAUUAUUCUUCUCUACGUUUGAGUGAGGAGGCAGCAAACAGUGCUUUACGACAGGCACACACGUGAUACAUUCAGACAACAAGACAGUAACUGUUAGUUGAGCACACUCAACGCACGUCAAGACACGCUGGACCCAAAGCUACUUUGACAAGGCCCAUCUCAUCAGUCACGCGCCUUCCAGCUAGGUAGCUACCUCACUUGGCCUGCGUGUCACACUUGCCAAACAGAGGCUGGCACCCAUCGCCGCAGUCCUGGGGCAGCGAUCCGCAGCGCCCGUCCCUGUUGCAACAGUUC